AUGGCGAGGGACACCUCUGCUGACACUCAAACAGCGUUGUGCUCAGGCAGACCUGUCGGAUGCAACGGGGGGAGGGGGGUCAGUGCCGGCAGCAGCGCAGGGCGGCGGAGGUUCUUCCCGCUGUUGCUCUCCCUCCCCCUCCUCGUGCUGCUCGGCCUGGGGGGUCUGGCAGAGGGAGGGCUGCACUCCAGCUUCCUGCAGCGCCGGCUGAGCGUGCGCGAGAGGAAGGAGAUGCAGCGGGAGAUCCUGUCCAUCCUGGGGCUCCCCGGGCGGCCCCGUCCGCACCCCCCCCUGCGGCCCCCCUCCUCCGCCCCGCUCUUCAUGCUGGACCUGUACCACGCCGUGUCGGGGGAGGGCGAGGAGGCCCCCGGCCUGGGCCUGAACCUGGACAAGCUGAGCCACGCCGCCCUGCCCACCCUGAGCACCCACACCCCUCCGCUCGGGACCGUGGUCAGCGAGGCCGACACCGUCAUGAGCUUCGUUAAUGUGGUGGAGCAGGAACGAGACCUCCUGCAGCAGCGGCCAUACUGGAAGGAGUUCCGUUUCGACCUGACGCCCCUGCCCCAGGGUGAGGCGGUAACGGCUGCUGAGUUCAGGAUCUACAAAACCCUGAGCAUCGGGCAGCGAGCUAACCGCACCCUGCACAUCUCCGUCUACGAGAUCCUGAGAGAGAACCGGCACAGGGAACCUGAACUGGUUCUGUUAGACAUGCAGUCAGUGCCGGCAGGGCAGGAGGGCUGGCUGGCAUUUGAUGUGACCUCAGCCAGCAACCGCUGGCUACUGCAUCCUCGCAGCAACCUGGGCAUCAGGCUCUAUGUGGAGACAGAAGAGGACCGCUCGCUGUCGGCGGGCUGGGUGGGGCUGGUUGGUCGCCGAGGCCCUCGCUCCAAACAGCCUUUCAUGGUGACGUUUUUCAGAGCUAGUCAGGGCCCCUGCAGGUCACCUCGCGCGCUCAGACACAACAACCAACGCAAGAAGAAGCCCAAGUACGACCUGCCCCACCCCAACAGGCUACCAGGGAUAUUCGAUAAUAACCAUGCCAACAGCGGGCGUCAGGCUUGUAAGAAGCACGAACUCUACGUCAGCUUUGGAGAUCUGGGCUGGAAGGACUGGGUUUUGGCACCGGAGGGCUACUCGGCUUUCUACUGCGAUGGAGAAUGUCUGUACCCCCUGGGAUCCUGCAUGAAUGCUACCAACCACGCCAUGAUCCAGCUAGUGGUUCACUUGAUGAAGCCAGAUGAGGUUCCCAAGGCUUGCUGUGCCCCAACCAAGCUUAGCCCCAUCUCUGUGCUCUUCUAUGACGACAACAACAACGUCAUCCUCAAGAGGCAGCGCAACAUGGUGGUGAAAACCUGUGGCUGCCUGUAACACAGUAACCCAACAUUCACAGAGCUCUGAGGCAUUCUACAGCUUAGACCAUGGGUUUCAGGGUCAAGGAUAGCGACAACAUAUAGCAUGAUGGCUUCAUUCAAGCCUUGCUAUUCAGAAACUUUGUAUGUACAGCAAAAUGACUCAAGUGUGCUGGCAUGUCAAAAAAUCAAUUGAAAAAUCUAUUAAAUUGAAAACAUACUUUAGCAAAAAAUAGAGGCCCGUAAAUGACGCUCAUUUCAUUAUUUUAUCUCCAUUUCCUUCAAUAUGGCAACAGCAAUAAUUUGGUAUGAGUUACUUUAUCAUCUUAUUUCAAAUCCUCUUGCUAAAAUGCUUACCUGGGUAACUGGGAUAAUGUGGACCUGGAAAACAUGCAGGUUAGCUCAUGUACAGCACAAAUGGCUUUAAUGGUGUAUUCAGGUGAUUUCAAUCACUUUUGCUUGCCUUUGGAGUCUGUUUUUGGCAUUUGUCAACAUGAGGACCAAAGUUGUGCCAAUGACAGCCAAGGAAGCCAUGAGAAAUAAGGAAGAGAAAUUGAUACAUAGGCCAAAAAAAUAGGUCACCAAAAUAAACUAUUUGGAAGAUCAGUAAGGCAUACUAUGCAGGAUUUUCACCUUGAUUUUAUAAAACAAACAUACUCAGUCAUGAUACUCUGCCAUGGGUCUCUGUUCACUUCUGCCCAAUAGCCUACCUUGCUUGUCUACUUAUUCUGAAAACUUGUUGGGCCGCUUCGGGGUGUGGGCCUUAAUUUUUGUGCUAUAUCUACAUGUCCAAACAGUGAUACAAUACAGUGGUGAGCUGGGUUUGCAAGAGAUUAGCCAUAGUGGAUAACCAUUAAUCAAAUGGCUGGCUAGCUUUUGGUAACAUCACAGUAGGUAGCUGCUGUUAUUAGCUGACUAAAUUCCGCUGGUGGGCCAUGAUACUUGGGUCCCCCUGCACAGUAUUACUGCUUAUUCUCGUGAGAUUUCCUCUCCUGGUAGGGUUGCCACAUUUGAUUUGUGAAAAACCGGGACAUUUGACACGUCAUUAUCCAUUCACAAAGUGCUCUCCUUUUGCCCAGUCUGAGUUGUACGUUGUAUAUCUUUCUUCUUUUUUUUUGCUGCUGGUUGCUUGUCUGAUUUUGUUCUCUCGUCCUCCUCGCCCGUCUCUCCCCCAAUUUUAUAAAACCGACAAAAUAAAUAAGUACAGUCUGAAGUAUUAGGCGAUUACCUCUAGUAGCUAGCUGAACUUUCCUACGGUAGGGUGGUUGAAGUGAUUGCACGCGCCAGACUGACAGCCCGUGCAGCAGUUGCUAGGUGGUAAGGUAAACUUUCGUGUUUCUGUUACCAAUUAAAAAGAAGUAUAGGCAUAUGGCCAAUCGUUGCUGUGUUUUACUCAUUUUUCCAAUCCACUCACGGGAUUGGAUGUCUAAAGGUAAAGAGGAAAAAGCAGAACAGCAGUAGAAGAAUCCCGUUUUAUUUGGAACAUUUAGAAGUAGCCUACAAAAAAACGGGACAAUUCGUGUCCCAGCAAAGAAUAAUCAUUUUCCGCGCCAGUCGCUCAAAAAAGAGAACAAUCCUGGGAAAACCAGAACGUGUGACAACCCUAUCUCCUGGGUAGUGAGCUCAUGCCUAGGUUCCAGGACUUUCAGAAUACUUGAGAUGGCUGAUAGAAAUGAAAGCGACAAUUCAUAGAUGUGUUUGUCUGUAUACAAUGUUACAGAAUUGUGCUUCCUUCCAGGGAGUGAGUGCCCGCAGUGGCUAGUAUCACCACUAACAAUGUUUAGCUUAAUACAAACAUGAGUAACGUCAGAUAAAAAGCUAACUAGAUGGCUUGUGUGAAAAGUCACUACUAAAACAGAUGCUUUACGCAAGAAUCUUAAUGUACGUAAACAAAGGGCUGCAUCAAGGCCUAAAAUUGUGUAUAGUAUGCCUUUAAGAGAGAGAGAUAGAGUGCACUGGUGAGCACAAAGGGACUGGUUGGUUAAGGAAGAUCUCUACAGAUGAUGACUGAAGAAUGCCUUCAUUAUGAAAACACCUGUCCAACAGAGCAGAAACACGCUUCAGGAGGCAGGUGAGGAUGUCUGAAGUCUUCUGCAGACAGAAGUCACAGAACUACAGAGGUUCUAUUGCAAGGUGCAAACCACUAAUUAGCUGCAAAUACAGGAUGGUCAGGUUACAGUUUGCUAAGUAUCUGAAAGAUUCAAAGCACCCCCACAUCAUAUGUGUUGUUUAUUAUAUGCCUUUUUUCUUCAUUUUUAUUAAGGGUGCCAAUAAUUCUGGAGGCAAUGAAGAUUUUUGUAUUUAGUAAACAACACAGAUAAUAAUCUAUCUCUUAUAUUCAAACAUAUAGGAACACUAUAUAGUUUUAUUGCAAUACAUUUAUUAUCUUUCAUUAUUCUUCAAUGCUUUUUAUUGCUUUUUAUUAAGUAAUCUUUUUUUCAGAAAAUGAUUGGCACUCUUGGUUUAAUAGUUUGUGCAAACACCCCUGACAAAGAUGACAGUAAUCAGUCAUCAUGCAGAGCGUUUCAGAAUCAUUGAUAUCCCUGGGUUUGCAUGCGGUUAUGGACCCCCUCUUCCAUUCAGACCACAGGUUUUUGAUGGGAUUUAAGUCUGGAGAACACCAUACCUGUGUGGAUUUUUAUGUAUGUUUGAAGUCAUUGUCCUGCUGGACAAUAGGAUUUACCUAUGACCAGGUCUCAGCUUCCUAGCAGAGACAACCAUAUUUUCUGCCAAAAUCUCCUGGUAGUUUGCUGAAUUUAUUGCACCAUUGAUUUGAAAUAGUGCUCCUAUACCACUGGCAGCAAAACAAUUCCAAAAUAUCAAUGAACCAACUCCAUAUUCGGCUGUAGGUAUGAGGUGCUUCUCCUUGUAUGAAUACAUUGUUUGCCACCAAACAUGUUGAUGGUGUGUAUGGUGGGUACAUUCAAUUUUGGUCUCUUCUGACCACAGCACUCUCUUCCGGUCGUAAUUCCAAUGAGGUUUGGCAAACUCCAGAUGAUUGGUUUUGUUCACUGUGCUCAGUAAGGACUAUCUUCAUGCCAACCUUCCAAAGAGUUUGUUGGUAUGGAGGUGCCAUUUUAUAGUUUUUUUUAGAAUUGGUGAUCCCAAGAUGCAACCCAUCUCUGCAAUUCUUAAACUGUGGGUAAUUUAUGGCCUCCAUUGCCAUCUUCCUCACCGUCCGUGGGGACAACAUACACUUAUAUCCUCUUCCUGGCAAGUUUGCAACCAUUCCAUGUUUUACACCUUUUUAUUUUUGCCCUUACAGUGCUAAGUGCUAUGUUUAACCGUUUGUCUUUUUCUGUACCCAUUACCAGACUUGUAAUGGUCAAUUGGCAUCAACUGCGCAGAUUAAUGACCAUUAAUUUUGCAUGCUUUUUACCGCUUUUUUAUACUCUGGAGAAACCAGAAAUUAUAGAAUGAGACCAUUUAGUUCCUUUAGACUGAGAUUAACUCACUUAAAGGAAUACACCAACAUUUUGGGAAAUAUAUACCUUUUUUCAACUUACCCAGACUUAGAUGAGAUGUUUGAUUUCAUUUUUGUGUAUUCACUGCCUUGGUUUCCAUUUGCAGAAGGUAUUAUGUGUAUUUGAAAUAUACGUGCAGGAAAAACUUUUUUUUAAGUUUUAAAAGAUAUUUUCUGAGAAGUUAUAACCACUGGACAAUCAUGUAUCCAUCUUUCUGAUGGUUGUUUUGUUUACAACAGAGUAAGCGCACUUUUGUGCCUCAUCUAGCCCUACCUUACACAAUACUGUGUGUAAAUAAGACAGCUUUGGCGUUGCUAUACGGUGUAUUUCUUCACUUUGAGGUAGGCCCCUGACUCCUAUAAGCUUCAAGUAUUUAUGCUAAGCGAACAUGUUAUUCUACAUUACAUUACAUUAUUGGCAUUUGGCAGACGCUCUUAUCCAGAGCAACGUACAACAAUGUGCAUACCCAUAACCAGGGAUAAGUUUGCUGAAAGACCCUAGAGGGAAGUAAAAUUUCAACUGCUACCUGUACAACAAAGAUAAGGACAAGGGCCAUUUUUUUUUUUUUUUUUUUUUUUUUGGAACAAACAAACAAACAGAGCAAAACUAUCCAAACACUGCUUACCUAGCCAACUAAAAAUACCGAUACACAAAGCAAGUCACAGAGACAACAAUUAAGGUUCACAGGGAGGUAGGGAGGGAUGGGGAGAGGUGCUGCUUGAAGAGGUGUGUCUCUAACAUGGAAACCGAGCCAGAGAAUGCACAAAAAUGAAAAUUUCAUCCAAGUCUCGGUAAGUCGGAAAAAAGGUAUAUUUCCCAAAAAGGGUAUUUCUUUAAGAUUAUGUUCCACCGAAAACACAUCUCUGGUCUACCAUUUCAGAGGUACAUACUUCAAUUAUCAUGAGGUAUGGACUUGAAAAGAGAAAUUCCAAGAAAAUAUGUAAAUUUUGCAUACUUUAUUCAAGAAAUGACAAAUUCCAACAUUUGUGUAGCAGUCUAUAAUCUGAACCAAGUAAGAUAUUGUUUUAAUUCUUUCAGAUUCUAAAUAAGACAUGUUUGAAGAUUGUUUUGAGCCAUUUAUUAUCACCAGUACCCAACAAUGAAAUUUCAGGAUCUAACAAAGAUCUUUGCAAAAUUGCAAAGUUGCAUCCAACCCUAAAGCUAUUGACAAGAAUAUAAUUGGCUCCAAACACUCUCCUGGAUAUGGAGAAAUGUUUUGCAAAGUUUUGCAACAUUUCAUGUUUCAGUUUUGCAAAUUGACUCCUGACAGUAAAUGUAUUGAAACAAAACUAUAGUUUUCCCAUAUGUUUGAACAUAACAUUAUCUGUUUAUUAUAUACAGCACCUUUUCUUGAUUUCUUUUAUCAUAUAGGGUGCCAGUAAUUCUGGUGCCCACUGUAUUUGUAUAAUUUUAUGAUGUAUUGUAAUUUUUUAAAUAAAUAUCUGAAACAGGAUUACCAAUGCCCAUAUAUGAACACUGUAAGAGGAAGCCUCACACAUUCACAGUAACUGAACACAAGACCUGAUUUAUAGCAACUGAAAUCAGCACACUGGAACUGCAAGCAACUUUGUACUCACUUUAUUUUUCAUUAUCUAGUACAAGUUAGUAGCCAUGAAAAAUUUCAAGGAUUUUUUUUUUUUUGCAGUAGAUAUGUACAGAAGGUCAAUAAUCACAGGAUUGAAUGUCCUUGCACUCCCCCCUCCCACCCCCCGCCCAGUUUUCUUUCAGUAGAAAAUCAAAAACUUGUGGGCAGUUAUAGAAGCCUAGAGGUUAGGGAUGCAUUUUCAUGCUGCAUUGACUUAAGAAAAUAAAUUGG